AUGAUGAACAAAAGCAUUAUUGUGGCCGCUCUUGUGCUUUGUUUACUUUUCGCUGCUACUACAACAUUUGCAGCAACACCUAAAAUUGAUCUCGAUGCUGCCAUCGAUAAAUUGCCCGUUUCCGACGAGAGAAAGGAUCAAUUACAUGAAUUGAAGGAAUUCGUUGCAACUCCUCUCUAUGAAGCAGCCAAGGAGAAGGCCAAGGAAUACGAAACAACUCAUCAGAAAGAAGUCAAUACCAUGAGAGAGGAACUUGCCAAGUUGAGAGGUCAAUAUGAAUCAAGAAUUAGAGAAAAGAUUGCCGAAAUUAAAGCAAAGAACCCAAAGCAAUACUUGAUGAACAAGCAAGAAGAGGUUCUCAAGAGCAUUAAAACCAACCUUGGAAUUUAA